CUUUUUAUAUAGAUCGAUAGACAGCAUUCACCCCAUAGCAUUCAUCUUUCCGUUUCUUUUCUUGCAUCGAACAAUCAACUCAAUAUCAUAAAAAUGGCUUCUGCUCGUGCGUUCUUGAGGAAGUGGGUGCCCGUCGAGGUGUACCCGAUCAUCGCGGUCGUCGGCGUCGCAGUGGGCGGCGCUACAUUCUACCUCGCCCGUCUUUCUCAACACUCUGAAGUGGUCUGGGAUCGUUCCGGUGAUUGGAGGCCUUGGGAUAAGGUUAAACAGGAUCAGAAUGUCAAAUUCCUUUCCUACAACAAAGACUUUUGGGAGAAACGUAAGCUUGGCCAAGGAGAGAAGAGCAUGGUCGAUGCUAUCUGAUCUAUUUUAUGACUUUGUAUCUUUUUUGCAGCUGCCUCAUCUAGGCUUCUACAUGACCACUCUUUUGAUAUGCAUACGCCCGCCGACAUGACCACUCA